AUGUAUCAAAUUUCCGAAGAAUUUGGUGCGCCCCUGAUGCUCAUCUUCGUCUGCAUGACUAAUAUUCUUCUCAUCACAUCCUUGAUCAGUAUCCUCAGCGAUAGUUUCUCAAAAGUCAUCAGCCACGCUAGAGAAGAAUAUCUAUUUGUAUAUUCAGUUUAUGUCCUCGAAGCAUCGACAUCAAAUCGACUCACACACUUCUAUCCUCCACUAAAUCUCAUUCCUCUCAUCCUCAUCAGACCCCUGAGACUUUUCAUGAGUUCUUCUACUCUCCGUCGCACUCGUAUCGGAUUACUAAAAGCAACACAUGCUCCAAUCGUCUUGGCGAUUAAUCUUUUCGAAGGCGUUUAUGAACGUAUUCAAGAUCCGUCUUCUUUUCCUCAUACAUCAAUUGCUACAGCACCCGUUACACCUACUAAUAGCGGACUCGGUAAUAACGAACCCGCAUAUAAGGGAAAAGCUAAGAAGAAAUUUCUGACAAGUCGUAUUGGGACGAAUCAAUCUUUACAUUUUCUGGAUGGACCAAAUAUUGUUGAUGGAGAGGCGAGUCCUUUGGUUACCGGGAAGUGGGAGGGGAAUGUUAGGGGGUUGAGAGCGGGUUGUUCGGAUUCUGGUAAUGUUAAUGCUAAUGCUAAUGCUAAUGGAAAUGGAAAGGGGAAGGGGAAGGUUAAUAAGCGCAUCAUGAUUUCUGCGGAGGAAAGUGGAUUGGGAGGGGAGGAUAGGAGGAAUAAUGAUGAUGGGGGGGUAGAGGAAGAAAGGGAAAGGAUAAGUGAGAGGGAAAGAAGAUUGGAGGGUAAAGUUGAUGAAUUGAGUAAAAAGAUAGAGGAGUUAACGAGGUUGUUUAUGGCGGAUAAGGGGAUGGGUGGGGAGGGGAUGUAG